UACGGUAUGUAGCUUUGAAGUACACUCCGCGGCCUCCACACCUUGCAUCUCAGUCUAUAUUCAGACAGUAAUGGAGGACAACGUGCUUGAUACCUCACCUACCGAACGAACAACCCCUCAGACAAGAGACCAAUUAAACCUGAAAGAAUUCAUAUUACUUUUUGAAUCACAACCAGAAAUAUGGGACGUAUCACACGAACAUUUUACUAAUAAAGUGAAAAGGGCGCAGGCGUAUCAGAAGUUAUUAGUAGUGUUCAAAAGGAUCAAGCCGCACGCCACAACAGAUGAUGUAAGGAAGAAAAUUAACUCUUUAAGGUCGAACUAUCGGAAGGAAUUGAGGAAGACUCUUGUCUCGCAGCGGUCUGGUGCUGAAACUGAUCACGUUUAUAAGCCAAGAUCUUGGGUGUUCCACAUGUUAAAUUUCUUGAGGAAAACGGAUCAACGUAUUCGUCAGAAUCAGUUAUCCAGCUACGAUGAGUUUCAAGAUGGCGACGGACACAAUUCUCAGGCAUCGGGUUCUGUAUAUUUUUCAUCCUUGAAUUACAUUCCUCCAGCGAAAAGGGAAAAGAAAUUAUUUUUGACAGAACAGACGGAGCCUUUUGAAGAAAUUGACAUAACGUUACCAAGUCAGUCUGAGAAGUCAAGACAGGGCAUAAAACAGAAUUUAAAUUUAACCGCUCUGUAUUGGACGCAGAAACUAGAGAAAAUGGAUUCUUUGCAAAGGAUAUAUGCUGAGAAAGCUAUUAACAACAUUCUCUUUGAAGCAGAGAUGGGAAUGUUAAGGCGGAAUUCGGUUCAGAUCAACGUAACCACGUCGGUUGGUCCACAAACACCCUCCAGUUUUGCUUUAUCACCUUCUUCAAACGCAGUAAACUCGGCGACAUCAUCUCCAAAUUAUAUAUCAUACCAUCAAGAACAGUGAGAUGCAAGUCUUGACGAGAUAGCUGUACCUCAUAAUAACGUACCUACCUCAUUAAUUAGUUCUACAUUACUUUACUUUGGUACGUAGGCAAAUAAAAUUAAAGUAAGACAAUUCCUUCGUUAACGUUAGAUGAAUUUUUAUACGCGACGGGAACUUAUUGGAUGCAGAAAUGCAGAAUACAUUUUGCCGAGGACUUUUUUUAACAUAGUGGUUAUUAAUUAAAUGAAAGACUUUAAGAAUUAAAAAAAAAAACAAUUAAAAUUAAGUUAUCUAGCCAUAGAACUUAGCACAUCGCGAUAAUUUUUCUGUUUCCAAAUUCUGGGAUUAAAAAAAACACAGCUCGA